AUUGAAGUUCUAUCUACGGUCCUUGUAGUUUUUUAAACAUGCGAGUCUCCAGAUGUGUUUGCGACAAGAAGAAAAGUUCCAGUCGUCUGUGUUUGACUGUAUCGCUAUUUCAGAACUACUAGAAAACUGUUAAAACAGCACAGAGCUUGUGACUCUUUUACAGCUCGCCGUGUGGUGCGUGAUACCCGAUGGCGAGACACAACGGACUGUAUUGCAUCUUGAAUGAGGACAGUGCAACAGAGCUGCCAGGGGCACCUGCAGUGAUUCUUGGACCAGUGAAGGUGCUUUGAGUUGAGCAACAUCUGCUGAGGCCUCCCCUUUUUUCUGGACAACACCAUGGCAAUGCAGCAGUCCCUGAAGUCGUCCGGAUCCACCACUUUAAGCUCUCAGGUGCAUGCAGCGGCUGUGAAUGGAGACAGGAGCUCCUUGCAGAAGCUGAUAACAGCAGAGCCAUGUCUGAGAGACAGUGAAGAUCAAUUUGGGAGGACCCCUCUGAUGUACUGCGUUCUGGCUGACCGCUUGGACUGUGCUGAGACGUUAUUGAAGGCAGGAGCUUCCGUCAACAAAGCUGACCACAGCAAGAGAACCGCACUGCACCUUGCUGCACAGAAGGGAAACGUUCGUUUCAUGAAGUUGCUACUGUCACGGCAUGCUGAUUGGCUGUUAAAGGAUCUGGAGGAAAUGACACCACUUCACUUGGCCACGCGGCACUCCAGCCCCAAACCUCUCUCGCUUCUCCUCAAGCACAUGGCACCUGGAGAGGUGGACACUCAGGACAGGAACAAACAGACAGCAUUGCACUGGAGUGCAUUCUACAACCACCCUGAGCAUGUGAAGCUGCUGAUCAAACAUGACUCAAACAUUGGAAUCCCUGACAGUGAAGGCAAAAUCCCUCUGCACUGGGCUGCUCACAACAAACACCCUAAUGCCACACACACCGUGCGCUGCAUUCUGGAAGCCGCUCCCACAGAGUCUCUGUUGAACUGGCAAGACUAUGAGGGUCGGACACCACUUCACUUCGCAGUGGCCGAUGGGAAUGAGGCGGUGGUUGAGGUUUUGACAUCAUACCAUGGCUGCAACGUUACAGCUUAUGACAAUCUGUUCAGAACACCCCUGCACUGGGCAGCGCUUUUGGGCCAUGCACGGAUUGUUCACAUGCUGCUUGAGCGGAACAAGUUAGGCAUGAUUCCAUCAGACAGCCAGGGAGCCACACCACUGCACUACGGAGCUCAGAGCAACUAUGCUGACACGGUGGCAGUGUUUUUGAAGCACCCCUCAGUCCGGGAUGAGCCUGAUCUGGAGGGCAGGACAGCUUUUAUGUGGGCUGCUGGGAAGGGCAGCGAUGAUGUAAUCAAAACCAUGCUGGAACUUAAGGAAGAACUGGACAUAAACAUGGCUGAUAAGUAUGGAGGAACAGCGCUUCAUGCGGCAGCACUCUCAGGCCAUGUUUCCACUGUGCGGUUGUUGCUGGAAAAGGGAGCCAUGGUGGACCCUCUGGAUGUCAUGAAACAUACUCCCCUGUUCCGUGCCUGUGAGAUGGGCCACCGUGAUGUCAUUCUUACACUCAUUAAAGGUGGGGCUCGUGUGGACUUGGUGGACAUAGAUGGCCACUCUGCACUGCACUGGGCAGCACUAGGUGGCAAUGCGGAGGUGUGUGAGGUACUGAUGGAGAACGGGAUCAGUCCGAACUUGCAGGAUCAGGCCGGCAGAACACCACUGCAGUGUGCUGCCUACGCUGGCUACAUCAACUGCAUGGCACUGCUCAUUCAACACAAUGCUGACCCCAACAUCCAGGACAAGGAGGGGAGAACUGCACUACACUGGUCAUGCAACAAUGGUUAUCUGGAUGCUGUAAAGCUUCUUCUGGGAUGUGGAGCUUUCCCCAACCACAUGGAGCAUACAGAAGAGAGGUACACUCCUCUGGACUAUGCUUUGCUGGGGGAGCAUCAAGAGGUCACUCAGUUCCUGCUGGAGCAUGGAGCCAUGUCCAUCGCUGCCAUUCAGGACAUCGCUGCCUCCACCAUCCAGGCCCUCUACAAAGGAUACAAAGUCCGCCGAGCCUUCAGGGAGCGCAAAAACCUCCUCAUGAGACAUGAGCAGCUCCGCAAAGAUGCAGCCAAGAAGAGGGAAGAGGAGCGUCGGCGUGAGGCAGAACAGCAGCUUUCAUUGGCUGAGGAACUGCAAGAACAGAUGUCAUUGGUGCAAGUGGGAGGGAAAAGACCAUCACCAGCAGAGAAAGGGCACAACGUAGAGGUUCAGGAACCAGUGACGCCUAAAGGUCUGAAACUUAGAAAACCAUCAAAAAUACAUCAUAGCCAAAUCAGGAGAGACAAAAAGCAAAAACAUCAAGAGCACAGGCUGGAGACUGAAACACCAGAAACCCCUCACUUCUUGGUGACUCUAACCCCACCAGUAACCUCUCUGGGUGUAAAACACCGGUCAGACACAAAGACUGUGGUUUGUGAGUCUGAAGAGUGCAUAACCAGGCAUGAGCGUCGUUCUCCUGCUGGUUCCAGCAGGCCGGGCAGUGCCAGGCCAGCACGAACGGGGUCCCAGUCAGCACCUGGACCCUCAGAGACCACCCCAGCUCCCAGAAAUACUGCCCACUCCAGACCCAGGACUUCGGGGAGUCACUCCAGAGCUUCUUCAGCAGCCUGUUCAAAAGCAUCUCACGCUGUAUCCACUGAGAGCUCCACAGAAACCCACUCCAAACCUGUAGCCAGAAGGAGCUGUUCAGCUGCAGCUGUCCAGCAACCUAGCAGCUUGGGUUUCCCAGAGAAGCCAUACAGGACCAAGAGAGAGAAGGAGAGAAGGACUGAUAAAGAGAAGGAGAAAGACACAGGGACUGAGAGAGAAGGAGAAAAAGUUGUGGAAAGAGAUAAAAACAAAGGCACAAGACCUGAAACAGAGAAAGGGAGACGGAAAGAGAGUGAGAAAGAAAAACAAAUCGAAAAAGAAAGGGAUCAUAAGAGAAAAAGUCUCUUCCGAAAGAAUCAGGCAGCAAGGACAAUACAGACAGCAUGGAAGAGGUCCUGUGUUCGGAGACGCCUGAGGGAAGUAAUAUGUGGAGGUGUAAAAAGGGCAGAGCCUGCAGAGGUCAUUGCCAUUCUGAUUCAGAUUUUAUGGGACCAACCAGUCGGUAUUGAUCUCACUGACCAGAAAACCAUUUCUGCAGCGCAGUCAACGUCUAUCAAGGCUGCGGGGAAGAAAAGCUCAGUGCUACAAAAUAUCUACGGUGGAGCCCAGGCCAAAAGGGGACGCUCUCUCAGAACUGUGUCUGCUCUUAAUACACACAGCCAGAGUCAACUACAGCUGGACCUAUCACUUAAGACCAACAAACAACUGAGCGGUAUGGAGUGUGUGCACUUGCUGGACUCUUUGAGUCAAGCCAAACAGUUUUCCUAUCACUUACGGCCUCAGAGUGCCAGCAGCAAGAGCAGUCACAACAGAACCAAGGAAUGAAAGACCCUCCCCCAUCAUACACACAUCACACAGUGUACCAAUAACUGGACAACAUACACUAAAUAUAUACACAAAACGAUUGAGCAACACAUUACCACAUUCCCCUACCACAAACUGAAACCAACAACUGACAUACAUGCAAACACUAAACCCACAAAAUAAUCCUGAAAAUCAUACAUACCUGCUUAUUUAUUUAUCUGGGACAGGAAACAGGGUCUUGGGUCGGACGUUAAAGGACAGACCUCAGUGUUACAUGUUACCUAAACCCUUCACAAAUUGCAAAAGCAAACAUUUGAACAAGAAUUAUGAUGCACUUUUAUUUAAAACUGUAAUGAAAAACAGCCUUCAGUACUCCAUAUUUCCAGCUACUGUCAUAACAUGUAUCAACUGUUAAUCAUUAAUAUACAAUUUUGGCCUUUGCAAUAUUGAUAUCAUAGAAGGCUACGAUAUGCAAAUAAGCCAUCUAACCAGUCAGUGUUUUUUUUUUAAAACUGUGUUGUGAACAUCCUGACUAAACACAAUGUCAGUUCCACAAUUCCACAAGGUAUCCAACAAAUCAUUUCACUAAUAAUGCAGGCCAGUCUUUAGGCAUGUCACAGUAUUGAUUCACUACUGCAUUUGUAAUAUAAAGUACUGUGCAAAAGUCAGAACCCAGCUUUCAUUUCAUUAAUUUCAAAACAGCAGAGUUAUUCAUUUUUCAAGAGACAUUUCUGAUAAUAUAAGCCAUAAUGAAUGGGAAGGUCAUAGAAAAGUAAUUGGGGGAAAAAACUGGAAUUUCCUUAACUCAAAAAGUGCUACAGUCACCACCAAAUAAACAGUACUUGAAGCAUUCAUCUUUGAGAAAAUCAAGCUCCACUCUUGCUUCUGAUCUGAGAAAAUCCACAGGAGUUUCUGUCCAUCCUUCCACUAUGCAAAGACAACUGAACACUAUGGGUUUGAAAGAAUGUGUAGUUGUCAAGAGAAAAGGAAACGGAUAAAAGAGCAAAAUUUGCAAAUCAAAAACAAAGAAGCUGCUGGUGUUCUCAGAACAACUGGACUGAACAGUCCACACCUCAAUGUCACUGAAUCUGUUUGGGUUUGGAAAUAUAUCCCUAAAUAUGUAUUUGGAAAACUGAAAACAAGUCUCACAAAACAAAUGGAGGCUAUAAUAAAGGCAAAAGGUAGACACACUAAACACUGGUUUAUAGAAGUAUGUAUGUAAAAUUGUUGAAGCUUCUGUUUAAUUUUCUGUGAAAUGUUUUCAUUUUUUGUUCCUGACAAUGAAAAAUGAAUAACUUGUACAUAGAAAUUAAAUAAGUGAAGGGGGGUCUCUGAUUUCUGCACAAUAAAAUAUUGCAAGGUGCAUCACAAUCAUAAUAUGGAGCAAUGAACAAGUGAGCUACGCCAUUUUUAAAUUGCAUGUGCAAACAAGCAUAUGCUGAUCACAUUUUCAGUGUUACUCUUAACCAACUAUGACUAAGAUGGAACAUGGCCAGCAUCCAGAUUUCUAUGCCAAACCUCUGUUGCCACUGACGACCACAUAGGUUAAAGGUUAAGCCCACAAACACAGCAUAUGCAUGAGAUAACCUUUCGUUCUGUCAUCGUCAGGUUAUACACCUGUCAUAGAGGUGACAUACUCCUGAUAUAACAAGACCACCUGCAUGGGUGCACUCACUACACACCAAGACACUACAACACGAACACACAAUUGAAAACAGGCAGAAUAUAAUAACCACCCAUGGAAAUCACCCCAGUUUCUUGCUCUACAAUAGAGGCUUUGCAAAACCUUUCUUUUUAAUUUAAUAUUGGAAAUUGAAUGCAGCCUUGCUUGUAUCUUGGCUCCAUGUUCACUGAGAACAAAAAAUGGCUCAUAUGUUUUAUUUAUAUCUUUAAAAGUGUUUACACAUAUUGUUCACAAUUUUAUUCUGUGCCCUUAUUUAUUCUACAUAUGCUUCUUUUUUAGUUUAUCAUCUUUUUAUUAUUCGCGGACAGGUACUGCAUUUUAGAAGUUUUUUGUAAUGUUGGUCUUUCAUAUGUGCCAUAAUGGCGAAUGAUAUACAAGGAUAAGUACGGACUUUUAAAGGAAUACUCCAGCGGGAUUCAAUCUAACCUCCAUAUGUAUCUGUAUUAUACUGUCAGUUACCACAGACAAUAAUUUUUACAUGUUUUCCUGUACAUAGUAAAGGGAUUGAAGACCCGUUUACUCAAAACAUGGCAGAAGUCAAUCACUUAUAUUAAAAAAAAACUGACAUGACAAAGAGUCCAAAUAGAGUAAAGGACAUUCAAAAAACCA